AAACAACGUAAAAUGUGAAGCAAUUACGUUCUCCAAAACGGUCUGGGCGAAAAUGGCAAUGGCGUCGGUUGCAACCCCAAUCUACUCGCAGGCCGCUUUGUGUCACUCUUCCUCCGGAACAGCUCCUCGCCUCCUCCCUCGACCCCGUCAAUCCGUUUUUUUGCAUCCCUACGGAUCGUCCCCGCUUCCUCAAUCAUGUUUCCCCCCAUUUUCCGAUCGUUUCUUAUCAGAUUCGGUACGGACGAGACAAUCGACUUGCGCCGCCCGAUCAUCCGCCACGGAGAGACCGGAAGAAGAAGAAGAAGAUCCGAACUGGGAUGCGCCGCCAGAUGAGGAAGUCGAGGAUUUGGGCGUCAGAGUGGCUUUGUCGGUGCUCAAGUUCUACAAGAGAGAAAUUUCGCCGUUAAUGCUGCCAAGCUGUCGGUGUGUGCCUACGUGCAGUGUGUAUUCGAUGGAGGCAUAUAAGAAGUAUGGAGUAUUAAAGGGAACAAUUUUGACUGCUUGGCGUCUCUGCCGUUGCAAUCCUCUCGGUGGUACUGGAUUUGAUCCUCCAAGGUGGUUUGGCGAGGAAAAGCCACAUGAGAAACCUUAAGAAACGGAUACUGAGGAAGGUUUGGCCAAACAUUGGCUGCAAUGAAGGACCCAAAUUCAUACCCACAAAUUGCGGAUUGCCAUUUGUUCGGUCCAAUUCAUUCCGGGCUUGUUUUGCUAAUCUCAAUUCUGGGACAUCGGGAGGAAUUCUAUAUCCUCAUUUUGAUCCCGACAUUUCCCCAUCUAUAUCUAUAAAUAGAGCAAUAUAAUGUUCUUAAUAGCUAUAUUCUUUCAUGCUUUAUAUUUCUUCCCAAUUCAAUCUUAGUAAAGGAAAUAGAUUCUUACAUUUAAAUCAACAUGGCUCUACUUGCCUUCUUUAACGGGCGAAGUCCAGAAGUUUUCAUCUCAUCUCUAUUUAACUUCAUCCGCAACAGGGGUUGACCUGUAAAUGU